ACAGCCAAACAAACUCAGAUCCCAAGUUUCCCAACAAGGGUGCAACCAGGGUUUUCAAGCCCCACUUUUCUCCAGGACCAAAGGCGGGUCUCUCUGGAAGGCGCCUGUUUUGCUUUCUUGGAACGGAACUUUUUUUCCCCUUUUCUUGUUGCAAGUUGAGUCCCUUUUUUUGGGCUCUCCAGAUGUGCACCUGCAACGCUGAUGGAUCAGCAGGUGUUGGCGGGUGGGGGAAAAGACCCCCCAACUGGACCUUUCUGGCAGGGGCUUGGAACAGUCCUGCAGGGUGGAGGAAUUGGGGUGCAAUGGGCCCCUCUAGAGCUGCGGUAGGGGUGACCUUUGUGCCUGGAGCCCCUAGCCGAGACCAACCCAUUUUUCUGCCUGCAAGAUUCCCAACCGCCAUUAUUUGAAAUGAUAUGCUCCAGUUGAUCUCUACCGAAGACAAUGACUUCUCUGGUCUGAUGGACACAUCUUUCAGCUCUCAGCUUCCUCCUGAUCUGAACCCCCAUGGACUCAGCCUCUUCAGCAACUAUUUGGGGGCAAAGGCCCCCUCUUCCACAAGCUUGUUCCAUCUUCCACCCACAUCUCCACCCAGCUUCCAGACACUGCCCACCACUUGCCAGAACAUGCCACCAUCUCCGAUGGAUGUCAAAAAGGAAUCCUUGGCCUCAACGCUCAGCCCAACUCAAAGCCAGCUGCCCACUGGCAAGAUACCGUCUCCAAAUAUUGUUCCAGCUGCCCAGAUGCCUUUCUCCACCCAGCCCUUGAUGGAUUUCCAGAACCAAAAUAGUAUUUCUGCUCCCCAGCCAGCAGGGACACCCCAGCAACCUCCGCUGGUGUCCCCCAAACCCCAGCAGACACAGCCUUUACCAAAGCCAACGUCAUUCCAGAACAUCGCCCCCCAACAGCUUCUGGCUGCCAGUAGCCCCCAGGUGGUCCAGCAAGUGCCGGUCCUUCUGCAGCCCCACUUCAUCAAGGCCGACUCACUCCUUCUGACCACAGUCUCUGGAGCCAAAACUCCGAACACCAGUUCAGUGGUCUCCUCAACAUCCUUGCAGAUGCCAACCCUGGUGAGUGGGGGCACCAUCCUGGCGACAGUGCCACUGAUGGUGGACACCGACAAGCUGCCCAUCAACCGCCUGACCGCUGGGAAGCCUUUCAUCAGCCAGAACAAGGGCGAGAAGCGCACCGCUCACAAUGCUAUUGAGAAACGCUAUCGUUCCUCCAUCAAUGACAAGAUAGCUGAGCUGAAGGCCCUGGUCGUGGGGACAGAAGCCAAGCUGAACAAGUCAGCCAUCUUGCGCAAAGCCAUUGACUACAUCCGCUAUCUGAAGCAGACCAACCAGAAGCUGAAGGGGGAGAACAUGACCCUCAAAAUGGCAGCACAGAACAACAAAUCCCUGAAAGACCUGGUGGCCACGUCUGGUGGAAACGUGGAGGAUCCGGCAGAAGGAAUGAAGAUGAUGGAUGCUUUGACGCCUCCAUCCUCAGAUGCCGGUUCCCCUUCGCAUAGCAGCCCGCUCUCCUUCGGCGGCAUCAGUGGAACCGACUCGGAGCCAGACAGCCCUUCGUGCGAGGAGGCCAAGGUGAAGCCCGAAUAUCCAGCCCCUCCACCGGGCAGCCUGGGAAUGCUGGACAGGUCCCGCAUGGCUCUCUGCACCUUUGUCUUCCUCUGUCUCUCCUUCAAUCCGCUUUCUUCCCUGCUCGGAGGAGUCGGCCUCGGAGGUUCUUCAGAGGCUUUCAACCAUGAUGGCUCCAAGCGCAGCAUCCUGGCCAUGGACGACUCAGAAAAUGCUCCUGUUCCCCAGUUCCAGUGGCUUCUCCCCACUUUGUUCUUCUGGAUGAUUAACCUGCUGAUCAUUUGUGGUGCCUUCGUCCGGCUUUUCAUUUACGGCGAGCCCAUCACACGACCCCACUCGGAGUCUUCAGUCAUCUUCUGGAGACACCGCAAGCAGGCGGACCUUGACUUGGCUCGGGGGGAUUUUGCACAAGCAUCCCAGAACUUGUGGACAGCCCUCAAAGCACUCAGACGCCCCCUCCCAACAUCCAACCUGGACCUCACCUGCAGCCUCUUGUGGAACCUGAUCCGGCACAUCCUCCAGCGUCUCUGGGUAGGACGUUGGCUGGCUGGCCGAGCCGGGGGCUUCUUCCGAGAUCAGGAGCUGAAGGCCGACGUGCGCAAGAGCGCCUGCGAUGCGGCCCUGGUCUACCACCGGCUGCAUCAACUUCACAUGACAGGAAAGCAUGUUGCAGGCCACCUGUCUGCCAUCAACAUGGCACUGAGCGCGGUCAACCUGGCCGAGUGUGCUGGGGAUGCCAUCUCGGUGGCCACGCUGGCCGAAGUCUACGUGGCUGCUGCCCUGCGUGUGAAGACCAGCCUCCAUCACUGUUGCCACUUCCUAGCGCGGUUCUUCCUCAGCAGUGCCCGACAAGUGCUGCUAUCGCACAAUGGCACCGUCCCUCCUGCGCUUCAGUGGCUCUGCCACCCCGUGGGACACCGGUUCUUCGUGGAUGGUGACUGGGCGGUUAAAAGCUCUCCACGGGAAAGUAUCUACAGCUCCACCAGCCACCCAGCAAAUCCCCUGGCUCAGGUGACACAACUCUUCCGAGAACAUCUGCUUGAGAAAGCUCUUUCUUGCGUCUCCAGGCUGGACAACCCAGCCCCUGCCAGUCACAGUGAAGGGGAAUUUUCAGAUGCUCUGGAGUACCUGCAUUUCCUCAACAGCUGUGCAGAUGCUGUCCCCAACCCAAUGCCCUCCAUCAGUACCAACAUGGACUCAGCCACAGGUACUGAUCCUGUUUCUCACUGGUGGGCAUCUGUGGUUGCCAUGGCAAUCCAUGGACUGCAAGCGGACGAGGAGGCCAUGGAACGCCUCUACCCUCUGGUGGAAUUCAUGCCCCGAGCUCUCCAGGGGUCUGAGAACCCUCUUCCCCGUGCAGCCCUGCACACCUUCAAGGCAGCCCGGAUGCUGGGCAAAGAGGACAGCAGCCUGGGACAGUGCGACAAAGCUGGCGAAUAUUUGCGGGACAGCUUGGCAGGAAACGCGACUCCAAGCGCUAUUGACAGAGCAGUGCAGUUCCUUUUGUGUGACCUGCUCCUGAUCACUCGCACCAGGUUCUGGCAACAGCAGAUGCAGGGGGGCCCGCCCCACAGAGCCCGCUACCAGGCGUCUGCCCUCGAGCUGCGUGGCUUUCAGCAGGAUCUCAGCACUCUCCGCCGCUUGGCGCAAGCGGACCAGCCUGCAAUGCACAGGGUCUUCCUCCAUGAGGCAACUGCCCGACUGAUGACCCGAGCCAGCCCCACUCGGACCCACCAAUUGCUUGACCGAAGUCUCCGCAGGAGAGGACCUUCUACUGCCAAAGGAGCUGGUGAACAAGAGAGCCACCCCACUGCCCGGGAACAAGCAGAAGCCUUGCAGCUGGCCUGCUCCUACCUCCCUCCUGCGUUGCUUUUAGCACCAGGCCAAAGGGGGGGCAUGCUGGCAGAGGCUGCCCGCUCCCUGGAGAAGCUGGGCGACAAAUGGACCUUCCACGAGUGCCAGCAGAUGAUUGUCCGGCUCAGCAGUGGCUCCACUGUCACCUCCAGCUAGAGAUUUGGAAGGUUCCUAGGAAGGAGGGUGGCAGCCCGGAGUGGCCCCACCAGUGUGGCUUGUGGCAGUGCUGGUGAAAGUGGCAGGGGGGGACCUGGCAGAGCCUGGCAGUGGUGAUUCUCUUCCACCCUCCCUGCUGAGGCAGCUCUGCUUCCUCAAGGAUGCUCAGCUAGUGCUUUUCUUCUUGUGCGUCUGAACGGACCCAACAUAUACGAGAAGGGACAAACGGUUCUGGCACAACUGGCCGGAUCUGGCUGACUUCUCGCUUUUGCCAGGGAAGGGUGUGUACACAACUCCCGUGAGUCUCUUGGAUUUUAGACUCCCCACAAUCAGGGUGCAUUUGGUAGGCAAAGUGGCUUCUCUCCAUCUUUCAGAGGCCAGCCAGGCCUCAAUUUCUCACAUCAGCUAUCCAGCAGAUGAAGACUUUGCCCUUACCUCUUUCGCGGCCAACUCCAUUCCUCCCCAGCUACUCCCACUGCUGCUGUUUGACUACUUCCCCCUCUUUGCUGGCGAUUUGUUAUCCAUCUCUUCUGAAGCUUAUUGGCAGAGCCCAGCCUGGCGGGGGGGGGGUUCCAUCUGACCAGUUGUGAAUUGCUUGGAGUUUAAUCGGUUGGUGAUUGGCUGGUUUCGAUGUCUUACUGUAGGAGGGGGCGCCGGUUCCUUGAAAUGACUUGUCCUUCAGAUCACCCCAUUGCUAUUCCCUGGGUAACUGGUAGAACUGGCGAGAAGGAUGACCCACAGAAGAGGAUGGGGGCUCUUAGGGGGCUGUAAGAGUGUGCCAGGCUCCCUUGGCAGAACUGGAGUCUUGGAGAAGGAGGCUGAGGCUUAUGAAUAGCAUUACUCCCCACCCUUGAAGGCAUGAGAGUUAAUUCACUUGUAGCUUCUAGUGGUCUUGUGUGGUGGCCUUGGAUGACCUUUAGUCAUGGUGGACCUACAACCCUUGAGGUUAAGUAAAACUCUCAUCUCUUCACAUAUCAACUGUUGCUGUUGGAAAGCAGUUGGAUGAAAGGAGGACAAUAGUUUCCUUUCUCUUAAGAUGGACUCAUGUGGAGAAGAAGUCAACUUGGGGUGUUUAAGAAAAAAAUGGCAAAGGAUGUCAUGAAAAGGCUUAAUAGGAUUUAAAAAAAAAUGUUUCUAGAAGGAAAACAGAAGGGAGACAGUUUGAUCUGAGAUAUGUCUCUGUUGUUCCACCCUUCGAGCUGUUGAGAGCAGCAGCUUUUCUUAUUCCAAUCUAGCUUUUUUUCCCCUUCCACCCCAGACUGUGGUUUGGGGGACCCACCAUAGUGGUGGGUAGGAAACCACCCAGAGGGUCGGGGUUCGUGAAGAAGCUGGAGGGCUCCCAAUGCUGCCCAUAACUGGUGGGAGGUGAUGCACCUGCCUCGGUCUCCUCCCUUGCAAGCCUGCACCGCUGCUCAACCAUGAUUCUUCCUUUUAAAAGUUAUUUUCAUAGUAUCAGGGGAGGGUUUUUGUACAGAUGAUAAAAUAAAACAGCUACUUAUUUAUA